AUGGGGAUGCGCUCGGUAGCAUACAGCUCUGCUCUUGCCGAUUCAGAUCCUGUAAAAGCCCGCUUGGUUCCUAUAGUGACAUAUGUGGAGGAGGCCAAAAUCGAUUCAGCUUGUGGACACGUGGACUUGAAUCCGGAGAAAGAAUCCAAUAAAGAUGGUAAUGAUAUCGACAGUGAUGAUGAUGAUGAACUUCCAUGGUGUUUCAUGUGUGAAGAGGAUGCCACAAUCCGGUGUGUGCAAUGUGAAGGCCUGUUGUGCGAUCGCUGUUUGAAAAAGAGUCACAGAAAAAAAGAAUUUAAGCAUCACACUUUGGUACCGUAUAAACCGAAAAAGAAGACCAACGACUAA